AUGUUUGCCAAAGGCAAAGGCUCGUUGGUGCCCUCGGACGAGCAGGCUGGGGAAAAGUUAGCUUUAUACGUCUACGAAUAUUUACUGCAGGUAGGAGCACAGAAAUCUGCACAGACCUUCUUAUCCGAAAUUCGCUGGGAAAAAACAUCACGUUGGGAGAACCGCCUGGGUUUUUGCACUCGUGGUGGUGUGUAUUUUAGGACCUUUACUGUGCAGCUCCUAAAAGGAGAGACACUUGUGAACAUUCAAGUGAAGCAAAAGCCUUUCCUGAUUAUAGUGCAGCAGCUGCCCCGAGCCCCGUGCUUGGCAACAUUCCCCCCAACGAUCGGAUGCCGGGAGGCCAAGUCCCGCCAGGUUUCUUUCAGGCUCCUCCGGGGUCACUGCCCUCGCCGCACGCACAGCCUCCACCUCACAAUCCUAGCAGCACAACGGGACCCCACAGUCAGCCUUUUAUGUCACCGAGAUACGCAGGCGGCUCCAGGCCCCCCGAUCAGAAUGGGAAACCAGCCUCCGGGAGGAGUUCCUGGGACACAGCCCCUGCUGCCCAAUUCCAUGGAUCCCGCACGACAACAAGGCCACCCCCACAUGGGAGGAUCAAUGCAGAGAAUGAACCCUCACCGAGGCAUGGGGCCCAUGGGUCCCAGCCCACAGAAUUACGGCAGCGGCAUGAGACCACCACCCAAUUCCCUCGGCCCCGCCACGCCUGGGAUUAACAUGGGCCUGGGAGCCAGCAGACCCUGGUCCAAUCCUAACAGUGCUAACUCAAUUCCAUACUCCUCCUCAUCACCUGGUACCUAUGUGGGACCCUCUGGUGGUGGCGGCCCUCCAGGAACACCCACUAUGCCCGGUCCCUCAGAUUCAACAAAUUCCAGCGACAACAUCUACACAAUGAUUAAUCCAGUGCCGCCUGGAGGCAGCCGGUCCAACUUCCCGAUGGGUCCCGGCUCGGAUGGUCCAAUGGGCAGCAUGGGCGGCAUGGAGCCACACCACAUGAACGGAUUGUUAGGAUCAGGCGACAUAGGACUUCCAAAAAAUUCUCCUAACAACGUAAAUAGUAUUAGCAAUCUUCCAGGCACCCCUCGAGAUGACGGCAAGCUAGGAGGGAACUUCCUCCACUCCUUUCAGAAUGACAAUUAUUCUCCAAGCAUGACGAUGAGUGUGUGAU